CCCGGCGCGGUGACGUGGGGUGGCCCCGGGCCAGGAAGGGGAACCGCCGCCUGCCAGCCCCGCCGAAAGACCAGCCCAAACAACUUUUCUUUUGUGCGUGGCCGCGGGCCCUUCCCCGGCUGCCCGAGCUCAUGGCGGAUUAAACCCUCCCCCCGCCACACACACCCCCCGCGCCCCCGGUCCGGGCAGUGACCUGGCAGCGUCCCCACGAUGCCUCUUCACGCCGGCAGAGCCGCGGCUCUCCUCGCUUGGGUGAAGAGCACCAAAGUGUGCAGCGAUCCCCUGGAUGAGCUGUCACAGCUCAAGGACUGCAAUGUCUUCAUCAGGAUCAUCAACAAAAUCCACAGGAGCGAGGAGGGGGCGGCCGUGCUGGAGCAGCCGCUGCCGGACAGGAUCUCCUUCAUCCGGGGCUUCCUGCAGAAGCACUGCAGGCACAAGUCAGCUGUGGAGAACCUGGUGCCAACACAGAAGCUGCUGGAGGGGGAGGAGCUGGUGCUGGCCAAGGUGGCUGUGCUGCUCCUCUAUCACACCUCCAUCAGCUGCAAGACCCCUGGGGACUGGAAUGAGUUUGACUACAAGACCCAGGUGGAGCUGGCAGCCAUCCUCAGGUUCGUUCUGGACAACGAGGAGAGCCUGAAUGAGAACCUGGAGGCGUUUCUGCAGAGGAAAGCAUCGCCCUCGCCCAGCAGCAGCUCGGAGGACCCCUCACCUCUGUUCUCCUUCCCACACAAGCGAGAGGUGCGUUUCCUGGAGCUGCAGAAGAUUGCUUCCUCCUCUGGAGCCAACAAUGUGUUCCCAGGGCCCCCCUCCUCUCCCGUGGGGGACGUGAUGCAGACCCCCCAGUUCCAGCUGCGCCGCCUGAGGAAGCAGUUGGCCCUGGAGAGGGAGAACAGGGACGAGCUGGAGGUGGAGCUGGCGGAGAAUCGGAAGCUGCUGACAGAGAAAGAGGCUCAGGUCACCAUGAUGCAGCAGCGCAUCGAUCGCUUGGCUCUGCUCAACGAGAGGCAGGCGGCGGAUCAGCUGGAGCCCAAGGAACUGGAGGAGCUGAGGGAGAAGAACGAGAGCCUGAUGCUGCGCCUGCACGAGGCUCUCAAACAGUGCCAGGACCUGAAGACCGAAAAGGGGCAAAUGGACCGAAAGAUCAACCAGCUGUCCGAGGAGAACGGGGACCUGUCCUUCAAGCUGCGGGAGAUCGCCAGUCACCUGGUGCAGCUGCAGGACGCCCUGAACGAGCUGUCGGAGGAGCACAACGCGGCCCUGGCGCAGUCCCAGGAGAAGCAGGGCCAGCUGGAGAGCGAGCUGCACACUGCCCUGCAGGACAAGAAAUGCUCAGAAGAGAAGAUUGAGAUUCUCCAGGGGAAGAUCUCUCUGCUGGAGGAGCAGCUGGCCAAGCUGGGUGACUGCAGUGCCCUGGAGAAGGGAGAGGUCCUGGGGGACGCCCUGAAGCUGGAAGAGCUGAAGCAGGAGGUUUCCAGCCUCGCUGCUAAAGGGGCCGAGCUCCAGGCCAGCGUCCUGCAGCUGCAGGAGGAGAAGCAGCAGCGGGAAGCGGCUCUGCAGGCGGAACGCGGCCGCUUCGAGGAGGAGAAGCAGCGGCUGAGCGGCCUCGUGGCCAACCUGCAGAGCUCCCUGAGCGACAGCCACCGCGCCAGGGACGGGCUGGAGCAGGAGCUGCGGGGCCGCGAGGCCGAGGAGGAGGCUCGGCGCCAGGACAGCCUGCGGGAGAGGGACUCGGCCCUGCAGCAGCUGCAGCAGCUGCAGGAGGCCAACGCAGCGCUGAGCGCGCAGCUGCAGGCCGCGGCACAGGCCCGGGACGCCAGCCAGGAGGAGCAAAGCGAGCUGAGGCAGAAGGUGACGGAGCUGGAAGGCAGGAUCCUGGAGCUGGGCGCCCAGAGGCAGCAGGGAGCGGCCGAGGGGCUGAAGGCUCAGCUGAGGGAGCUGGAGGGGAGGCUGAAGGAGAGCCAGCAGCGCCUGGCCGAGAGGGACAGGCUGGCCAGGGAGAACGGCCGGCUGCAGGAGAGGCUGCUCUUCCUGGAGGAGUCCCUGCGCAACACCGAGGGCAUCCUGGAGGACGAGAAGCGGAGGGCGGCCGAGAGCCUGGAGAGCAGCCUGGCGCGCGUGGCCGAGCUGGAGGCCGAGCGGCAGCGGCUGCUGCAGGGCCCGGAGCGCCACGAGGGCCUGGCCGCCCUGCAGGCGCAGCUGGCCGCGGCGCAGCAGCGCGAGAAGGAGAAGGAGGCCGAGGAGCGGGAGCUGCGGGCCGAGGCGUGCGCCCUGCGGGAGGCGGCGGCGGCGGCCGAGCGGGCGGCCGCCCAGCGCCUGGCCGGGCUGGAGGCCGACGCCCGCGGCGCCGCCGAGGCGCUGGAGGCCGUGAGCCGGCAGCUGGCCCAGGAGCAGCUGAGGUGCCAGGAGCUGGAGGGGGCCGUGGAGCGGCUGCGGGGAGCCGGCAGGCAGCGGGAGCUGGAGGCCGAGGCGGAGGUGAGGCAGCUGAGCUCGCGGCUGGAGGAGACGCUGCGGGACGCGGCGCGGAGCGAGCGGGAGGCCGAGGGCUCGCGGCAGGAGGCGGAACGGGCCAGGGCCGACGGCGCCAGCGACAGAGCCCGCAAGGCAGAGCUGGAGGUGCAGCUGCAGAACGCCCUGAACGAGCAGCGGGUGCAGCGGGAGGAGCUGGGCCGGGCCCGCGAGCUGCUGCAGCGCAGGGACGCGGAGCUGGAGGAGCUGCGGCGCGCAGAGGCGGCGCGGGGAGAGGAGCUGAGGGAGCUGCAGCAGGAGCUCGGCAGGCUGCAAGGGCAGCUCGAGGCGGCCAAGGAGCGCAAGGCCGAGGGGGCCGACGAGCCACGGGGCUCCUCGCAGGCCGCCCAGAGCGGGGCAGGGCAGGAGGAGAGCGGCGAGGCCGCCGGGUCGAAGGAGACGGCUCUGCGAAGGCCAGAGGAGGGGAACCCGCACGGUGAGGAGCCCGGCCCCGGCCAGGACGUCUCCCAGGAGAAGCUGAAGGAGAUGCAGGAGCUUCGUGUGCAGCUGCAGGAGCUGCGGCAGCAGCGGGAGGAGCAGGAGGCGGCGGCCGGGCGGCAGCGAGCCGAGCUGGAGGCCUCGAGGAGGGAGGCGGCCGAGCAGAGGGAGAAGGCGGCCGAGCAGCAGAAGCUGCUGGAGGCCUCGAGGGCGGCACAGGCCCUGCACGAGGCCACGGUGGAGGCCCUGAGGAAGGAGCUGCAGGAGACGGGCAGGGAGCUGCUCCAGAGCAAGAGCCUGGUGGCCGGCGCCGAGAAGGAGCUGCUGUCCCUGCGCUCGGCCGCGCAGGAGAAGGGCCGUGCCGAGGAGAGCUGGAAGGAGCAAGUGUCGCAGUGCGUGCAGGAGCUGGAGAGGAAGAACAGCCUGAUCGGCAGCCUGGAGCACGAGGUGUCCAUCCUGCACAGGCAGGUGACGGAGAAGGAGGGCGAGAGCAAGGAGCUGAAGCGCCUGAUCCUGGCCGAGUCGGAGAAGAGCAAGAAGCUGGAGGAGAGGCUGCGGGUGCUGCAGACGGAGAUGGCCACGGCCGCCUCCCGCGCCGCCGAGCGCUGCUCCCUCAUGAAGGUGGAGGUGCAGCGGUGCCAGGAGGAGAUGGAGAAGCAGCGCUCGGCCUUGGAGGCCCUGAAGAGAGACCGGCACUGCCAGAGCGAGCGCGAGGACGAGCUGCGGCAGGAGGUGAAGGUGUGCCAGGACAAGUGCCUGCAGAAGGAGCAGCUCCUGGCGGCCCUGCAGCAGGAGCUGGGCAGCGCCCAGGCGCUGGCCGGGGAGCUGCCGGCGCUCAAGCACCUGUGCCAGCAGCUGCAGGCCGAGCGCGCCGCGGCCGAGAGCCAGCACCGGCAGGACCUGGAGCAGAGAGCCAAGGCGGCGGCCGCCCUGCAGGCGGAGCUGGCGCGGGCCGAGCUGGAGGCCGGCGAGGCCGCGGCGCUGCGGGAGCGGGCGGCCGAGCAGGAGCGAGCCCUGCAGCGGCUGCAGGCCGAGGCGGCCGCCCUGCAGCAGGCCAACGCGCGCCUGGCCGAGGAGAACCGCGGGCUGGGCGAGAGCCGCAGCCGGGGGCAGCAGCGGCUGGAGGCGGAGCUGGGCCAGGCCCGAGAGCGGCACGCGCGGGAGCUGGAGCGGCUGCGGGCGGCCGAGCAGGAGCGAGCGGCCAGGGACAUGGAGGCGGCCAGGAAGGAGCACGAGAGCAGCAAAGCGGCGGCGCUGGAGGAGAGGAGGAAGCUGCUGGAGGAGAGGCAGUGGAUGAAGGCUCAGGUGGAGCAGCUGGAGGCCCUGCGGAAGGAACAGGCCAAGCAGGUGGAGGAGCUGAACAAAAGUCUGCUCCAGCACGAGAAGUUCACUCGCAGCCAGCAGCAGAGAGUGAAGGUGCUGGAGGAGGAGCUGCAGGCAGAGAGCACACGGCAGAAGGAGAAGGUGGCUGAGCUGCAGGCACAGUUGGCCCAGAAGGAGCAGGCAGCUGAGCACUACAAAGGGCAGAUGGAGAAGGCCAAAACUCACUAUGAUGCAAAGAAGCAGCAGAACCAGGACCUGGCAGAGAAGCUGAAGGCCAUGGAGCAGCUGCAGCAGGAGAACGCGGAGCUGCGCAGCGAGUCGGAGCGACUGUCCCGGGAGCUGCAGCACAGCGUGCAGCAGGCGCAGCAGGCAGAGAGCAGCUGCAGGAGCCUCACGGGGCAGAUCCGCAGCCUCGAGGCACAGGUGGAGUUUGCCAACCGGCAGCUCCAGGAGCUCGGCAGCUUCCAGACGGCUCCGGACGCGCCCAAGGGCCGGGAAACCUUCCGGCAGAACCCGUCCGACCUCAGCACCGACAGCCUCGACCUCAGCCUGGAGGAGCCCGAGCCCCUCAACUCCACCAGGAAAGGCGCUCGCUCGCAGUCGGAGGCCUCGGCCGAGCCGCCGCCGUCCCGGCGCCUGCCCGGCAAAGUGGAGUCCCUGGAGAGCCUCUACUUCACCCCCAUCCCGCCCCGCACCCGCUCCCAGCUGCAGAGCAGCCCCGGCUCCCUGCGCCAGCCCUCGCCCGACUCCGGCCGCACGACGCGCUCGGCGCGGCGCAGAACCACCAUCAACAUCACCAUGACCAAAACAGAGGCCGAGGACACCGACGCCUCGUUCCGCAGCCUCCCCCCGGCUCAGCCCCCGGCCAAGCCCCGCCUGCGCUCGGCCGCCUCCGACCGCUCCCUCAGCAGCUUCUCGUCCCAGGAGUCGCUGCUCAAGCUGGACACCUCGUCCCCCCAGGACCCCCCCGGGCAGUCGGCGCUGCUGGGGCUGCCCGGCUACCGGCCCGUGACCCGCAGCUCCCUGCGGCUGCAGAGCGGCAGCAGCUCCAGCCUGGGCCGCAGCAGCAUCUACGUGGGGACGUGCCAGGACGAGCCGGAGCAGCCGGAGGAUUGGAGCCGCAUCGCGGAGCUGCAGCAGCGCAACCGCGCCUGUCCCCCCGCACCUCAAGACGUGCUACCCCUGGAGAGCAGGCCCUGCAACUCCCUGGGCGUCAUCACGGACGAGGAGAUGAAGACGGGCGACCCGCAGGAGACGCUGCGCAGGGGCAGCCUCCAGCCGCCAGCGCCCGGCGCCCGCCGCAGCAGCGUCAGCACGGGCUGGGGCAGCGGCAUCACCACGCGGCAGCAGCGCAAGCGGCUCUCGGACCAGUCCCACCAGGGCCCCGACACCCCCGAGGCCAAGAAGCCCACGAGCUGCUUCCCCCGGCCGCAGACCCCCCGGCAGCGCGGCGAGCGCCGCAGCUCCCAGCUCAGCCGCCGCAGCGAGCAGCAGCCGCAGCCCGAGCGCCGCCAGUCCCUGGCCUUCAGCAUCCUCAACACGCCCAAGAAGCUGAGCAGCAGCCUCCUGCGCCGCGCCGCCCGCAGGGCCCCGGCCAAGGGCUCCCCCCGCGCCAGCGCCCGCCGCUCGCCCCGCAUCGCCGGCAGCCGCUCCCCCAAGGGCAAGGCCACGCGCCGGGCGCUCAAAGACACCAAGUUCUGAGGCUGCCCCGGCCCUGGGGGGUGUCUGUGCCCCCCUCCCCCCUCCCCUGAGACCCCCCCUCAGCAGCAUUGGGGGGGGAUAAAAGGACCUCCCUCCCCCACUGUGCAUCCCCCCAUGGCCCAGCCUGGGGGGGCUGGGGGCAUCCACCCCCCAAUGGGACGGGAUGAGAUGGGGUGGGAUGGAGCAGCCCCACCGUGCCCCCCGGGCUGGGGUCUGGGGGUGCCCCCCCUCCUGUCCCAGCGCCUCGGGGGGGUGAGGGGGGUUUUAAACUCCUUUCUACAUGUAAAUAAAGUGUAUUUUUCUCCUG